ACGACGACUAAGAGGAAGACGCGGUGGUGUCUUAAAACCACCUGAAUCGUCAGUAAACAAAGCUAUAGUCUUAUAGUUACUGACUUGGAUUGCCAACGACAACGUAGAAAGCAGUUCACCGACCAUCGUUGUUGCUAACACUCUCUUUGUUUGCAUCCCUUAAUCUUGUUAAUCUGGACUUUUGCACACUUUCUGACUGAGUGUACGACUGAAGAUCUUAUGGAUCUUUUCCGGUGUUUGAGGUCUCUCCUGGACCUACACAUACAGCUCCAGAGAGCUGUAGCUCUACAAGGAGAGAUCCAGGCACAAUUUCUUGCCCAGCUUUUGCAUCCAGACAAUGCCAGCUUGCAGCAGCAGCCCCUACCACAGCUUGACUUGAGAGGGGAUGAUCUGGAGUUUUCUCUGUCUGUGUUUGAAAGAGCUCUGGACAGCAGCAAACUUCCAAAGGAGCAGUGGGGCUUAAGGUUAGCACAGCUCCUCUGUGUGAAGCGAGUAGACGAAGAUGGUCACGUCCCGUCCAGUCAUCUCAGUUACGACGCUCUGAAAGCGGAUGUGAGGAGGCAGGCAUGGAUCUUGGAGCACCAGCGGUGGAGGGACUUUAACGAGGUCCAGUAUGAUGCCCACAGAGGAUUGCGGGAGCUCAAGCUCGGGGUGGAGGAGGCAGCCAGGAGGUGGCUUCAGCCUGAAAAGUGCAGCUCAGAAGAGGUGGUGAGAAGAGUGGCUCUGCAGAAAUUCCUCUCUCUCCUCCCACCAGAUGCUAGAGAGAAGACAAGCAAACAGCAGCCACAGAACAUGGAGGAAGCUGCAAUCAUGGCAUCAUGCUUCCUGGAGGAUAACGGGGUAGAAUGUGACACAGAGAGAGGGCGGGACUAUGAUACACAGGCAGGAGCUGGUCAUGGAUACUCAGGGGAACACUAUAUCAACUUAAAUGAGCUGUGUCUGAAGAGGAGGGAUUCAGAAAUCUGUGAGUCUGAUGGUCUCAGCUUGGAAGUUGGUGUUGGACAUGAGCAUUUUGAAGAGGAAGAGUUUUCUGAAGUUGUUUUUAGCCCAUCAGUGGUUGAUGCAAAGCCUGUCCUGAAUCUUGAAGAGGGACAACCAAUUAGGAAUGACUCCGGUCAAAUUUUACUUCCUGGCACCUGCUUCAGUGCUGAGUCACCUACCUUUUCACCUAGGUCAGCGUGUAUAAAUGGUGACAUAACCACCCAACCAGACAAGCCAGACAUGCCACUCAAGUGCAUGUUUGAGUGUCCUGACUGUGGUAGCAAGUUCAAGAGGUUUGACUACCUGCGAAAGCACAGAUGUACACCUGGGCAAAGUCUGGGCUGCAAGCACUGUGAUCUGCGUUUUCCAUCCCUCAGCCAGCUGACAAAUCACCUCCGCGUCCAUCGCAAAAUGCUACACUGUCCUGAGUGCAACAAAGCCUUCCGUGACCGCUUCAACCUACGCUGCCACCAGCGCACACACACAGGUGAGCGUCCUCAUAUCUGCUCUGACUGUGGCUCGGCGUUCGCCCAAGAGCGAGGCCUGCAGGAGCACCGUAACAUCCACACAGGGGAGAGGCCAUUCCAGUGUCCUGUGUGCAGGAAAGGCUUCCGCCACAGCCGCACGCUUUCCAAGCAUGUGGUCCUCCACUCAGAAGCGAGACCUUUCAAGUGCUCUGAGUGUGGCAGAGCUUUUAAGAUUAAAGACAAUCUGAACCAACAUCAGAGGAAAAUACAUCACAGAAAGCGCUUGUGAUCCUACACUUUAAUUAUAAGUAUGCACACACACACACUUAAUAUGAGCCAUGCAAACGAUAGCUGUAUGAAAAGUGAUACAGGUUCAUUCUGCUUUUGUUACUCUGAUAUUCUCAAAGGUAGUAAAAUUUCAUUGUUCUUUUUUGUGUGCUAUUAAACUCAGUGUAAACAGGCUAAUAGUGAUAGUCAUGUAUUAUUGAGAUUUGAAAAUGUCAGUGGUGGUGGUGACAGUUUUCUUAAAGCUAAACUGCAUCGCAGUUACUAUGAUAUUGGUGCAACACACUUUCGUUAGUUCUUAGUCCUAGGAUUUUCAUGUUUAAUGUGAGAAACUGGAAUAAUCAUGUUUGAUAAUUUAACAGAAAUGAUCAUACCAUUAUUUAAAUUUUAUCUCUCCACACUAAUGUUAAACUGUAUUUCUGCAUUUAAGAUGAAUGAAUUCCAUUCUCUUUUUGAUGGUUUUAAAAAACUUGGAACUCAUGUUUCAUUUAUGUUGGUGCUACUAAUAAGUCAGCUGUGCAUUUUCAGUAUGCCAUUUAGGAUGCGCUAAACUACUUAGCCAGAUUCAUUAUUAAUAGAACAACAGAGACCAAGGAAAAUUUAGGUUCAAUAAUAACUCUAUAAGGGGUACUCAGAUACAGCGAUACUUUGAAACUGGUUUCAAGUAUCCAUGAAACUCCUUACCAAACUGCAUCCGGAGUGGGCCAUGGUUGCACGCAUGUUCACCGUUUGCAUCGGAUUCUAUUGAAACAGUCCUGCAGGAAUGGUAGUGCCAGAUAGUGGAUUCGCCUACAAUGGAGAUACAAUUGCACUGUAUUUCCCCACGUCAAUCAGAUUAUUGCUUUGCGAAGGCAAAUUAUAGCAAGUCGAAUACAUUUUCAAAUGCUUGUCAAGAGUGCAAAGGAUCACAACUUUCUAGUAAUGAAUGUAUCUGGUUAUGCUGUAUGUGAUCUUGUCUUUAUUUUUGAUUUAGGUGUCUUUCCCAGGAAAAAACCAGACGAGAAGAGUGUGAUAUUGAUGUUUCUUCAACGAUGUCCAUGGUUAUGAUACAUGUUCAGAUUUUUAAUGCUCUGAAUAACAUUAGUAUUGUUCAUCAUUAAACUGAUUUAUGUAGCCUAUAUCAUGUAUUUUAUUUUGAGAGUUUUUUUUCACAGUGGUAUUCUCACUUAGCUUAUCAAAGUAAAAGUAAUUCCUUUAAGACAGGGAAAGAGUUAAAAAAGGACAAAAUGGAAAAACUAGCUAUAGAAUGAAUGCUAUAGUAUUUCUUGAUUAAAAUGCUAAAACAUCAAAGAUGAUGCAUAUCUAGUUUAAAUGCUGCUGGAUAUAAUGUUGAAGUUUCUGUGAUGCUUAUGCUGUUAAAGUUUUUUUUUCAUUGUCAUACACUUAAUGGAUGUAAGGUUUGCUUAGACCUGACAGAGAAAAGUGUUUUGUUUGUUUUUUUCAAAUUCCUUGUGAAACACUGUCUGACUAGUGUCUAAUGAGUGAGAUGAAUUUACUUAUCUCCAUUUUGAGUUCAGUGGUCCAAGAUUGUCGUGCUUUGUUUCUUUAUAGUAUUGUCUAAAUGAGGACAUCUAAAAUUGUGUUGUAGAUUAGGGUACUGGCCUUUCAAUACAAUUUUGUAGGUAUAAUACAGAAAAAUAGAAGCCUCUUAAGAGAUUCACUCACUUUCACAACAAUCUUAGAACUGAGUCCUUUUUUAUUUAUUUCUGCAUCAUCCUACACCAGCUAUG